CCGACCCCAUCCACUCCGACCCCAUCCUGGGGGCCUCUGAAGCUGCCGCGCCCCCGUGACUGCGCGCCCGAGCUCCUGCUCCGCCCUCCUGCGCUUCGAGCAUCGUGUCGCAGCUCGUCGAGCUCGCGUGCAAGGAGCGGCAGCUCGCCGACUUCCUGCCGUGCCUCGCCGGGGUGCCCCUGCCGGAGGAGGCGCUCUCGGCCAUGCCGGCGUGCGCCCGGGCGCGGGACUCUGCGACGGCGCUGGAGAUCAAGAAGUUGGCCACCGCACAGGACGGCGCGACGCUGUCCGACGCCUCCUUCUGCCUCCUCGUCAAGGCGUGCCAGCACGAGCCCAAGAGAGUCAGCGAGCUCUUCCAGGAGCUGGCGGAGUCCGGCCGCGCCGUGUCCCAGGAUGUCGCCGUCUCCCUGGUCGCCGCCUGCAUGCACACCGGCAGCAUCUCCCUCGCGGACCGCGUGUUCGAGCACCUCAAGCCGGCGCAGCCUUUGGUGCUGUCGGCAUUCGUCCGCUUCUACAUCGCCGCAGAGAAGUUCGACCGGGCCUGCGACAUCUACGAGCAGGCGUGCCAGGGCGGGGACAAGCUAUCCCUCGACUCGCGCUCCGAGAGGAGCCUCAUGAGCGCCGCGAUGCGGUGCGGCCGCGGCGUCCUCGCGCAGGGCUUCCUCGACAGAGCGCCGUCUGACAUCGCGAAGCACGUCGCCAUGAUCCGCAACUGUGCGUCCGAAGGCAACCUGAAGGGCGCCACGACGGUGUCGAGUCCCUGGCCACCAGUG